ACACCCCUCCCUGCCAGAGGGAGCGCCUCACAGUGUGCAUUCAGCCUUGGUUGGGAAGUGCUAUUCCAAUCUACCUGGCUCAUGUUCCGGCCAGAGCCGGCAGGAAUGCUAUGGGAAAAAACACACGUCAUGAUAAGAUAGCGUCUGGGAUCGCCAAGCCUGUGCGAAAAAAGUUUGCCGUCAACUUUGGAGGAGGAGGUGGUGGAGAGGAGGAGUUUGCAGCUGUGCAGGAGCGGCAGUGUGCAGUGUAGUGCAGAGCCAGAGCAGGGGAGAGGACAAGGAGAGAGACAGCAGGACCGAGAGAGACAGCAGGAGUCCAGAGCGUGCCUGAGGCUGGGCUGAAAGAAACUCAACAUGCUCUCUAUUGCUUCCACCAUCCUCCGACACAGGGCUGUGAGAUGCUGGAAUGGCCAGCGUGCCAUGGCAACGGUUAUCUCAGGCAACAAGACGUCACAGCUGGUGAGAGAGAGGUUAAAGAAGGAUGUGGCAGAGAUGAGGAGCCAUUUCCCAGGCUUCAGGCCAGGCUUGGUUGUGCUCCAGGUGGGCAACAGGGACGACUCCAAUCUCUACAUCAGUAUGAAGCUGAAGGCUGCGGCAGAGAUUGGAAUCAAUGCCAACCACAUCCGGCUGCCAAAUACUGCAUCAGAAGAAGAAGUGGUGCGCAGCAUCGUGGCAGUGAAUGAGAACCCCGCUGUGCACGGCCUGAUUGUGCAGCUGCCCCUGGACUCAGUCAACCCCAUCGACACAGAGAAGGUGACCAACGCUGUGGCUCCAGAGAAGGAUGUAGAUGGUCUCACCAGCAUCAACGCCGGGAAGCUGUCCCGUGGGGAUUUGGGCGACUGUUUCAUCCCCUGCACACCGAACGGCUGCAUGGAGCUCAUCGCUCAGACAGGGGUGUCCGUGGCGGGGAAGAACGCGGUGGUGAUCGGGCGGAGCAAGAUCGUGGGAGCCCCCAUGUACGACCUCCUGCUGUGGAGCCACGCCACCGUCACAACCUGUCACUCAAAGACCCGGGAUUUGGCAGCACAGGUGGGCAGGGCAGACAUCCUGGUGGUGGGCGCAGGGAAGGCUGAGAUGGUGAGAGGAGAGUGGGUGCAGGAGGGGGCCGUGGUGAUCGACUGUGGGAUUAAUUACAUUCCAGACAGCAGUAGGCCCAGUGGUCAGCGCGUGGUGGGGGACGUGCACUACCCCUCUGCUAAGGAGCGGGCAGGGUUCAUCACCCCAGUGCCGGGUGGUGUGGGGCCAAUGACUGUGGCCAUGCUAAUGGAGAACACAGUUCAGAGUGCCAAGCGGUUUCUGAAGACGUAUCAUCCAGGAAAAUGGACCAUUACAUACACCGAACUGAGACCAGUGCAUCCGAAGCCAAGUGAUGCUGCAAUUUCCCAAGCGUGUGCAGCCAAACCCAUCAUGAAGCUGGCCAGAGAGGUGGGCCUUUUCUCGGAGGAAGUGGAGCCGUACGGACGACACAGAGCCAAGGUGCAGCUGGACGUCCUGACGCGCAUGAGAGCACAGCCUGAUGGGAAAUAUGUGGUGGUCACAGGAAUCACACCAACUCCAUUGGGAGAGGGAAACACCACCACCACCCUGGGACUGGUUCAAGCACUGGGGGCGCAGCUGAACAUCAACAGCAUUGCUUGUGUACGACAGCCAACUGCAGGGCCUACAUUUAGCAUCAAAGGAGGUGCGGUCGGAGGGGGAUAUUCACAAAUCGUUCCCAUGGAGGAGGCGAGCCUGUUCCUUACCAGCGACUCUCAGGCAGUCUCCACAGCUACCAGCCUGGUGGUGGAUGCUAUUGGCUCUCGCAUGCACUGGGAAUCCCAGCAGACCCACAAGACUCUGUUUGAUCUCCUGGUCCCUCUCCGAGACGGUCAGAGAGAAUUUUCCCCUCCUCAACUGAAGAGAAUGGAGAAACUUGGAAUUGACAAAUUGGACCCUCUGACACUAACCGACAAGGAGAUAAGACAAUUUGUGAAACUGGAUAUUGAUCCCUUCAAAGUGUCUGUGGACAAGCUGAACUUCUCCAUAGGGAAUGAAAUCAUGGCCAUCUUGGCUUUGAGCACAAGUGUACAGGACCUGCAGGAGCGUCUGGCUAAGAUGGUGGUGACCAGUGACCGCUCUGGAGAACCUGUCACCACAGAGGACCUGGAGGUCACUGGUGUGUUGACCGUCCUCCUCAGAGAUGCCUUGAAACCAUGCUUGAUGCAAACCGUGGAGGGGGCUCCGGUGUUUAUUCACACCAGCCCAUCUGUCGACAUUGCCCAUGGCAACUCGUCCAUCUUGGCUGACAAGAUGGCUUUGAAACUGGUGGGGCCUGCGGGCUUUGUAGUGACUGAGGCAGGCUGUGGUGCAGAUGUCGGUCUGGAGAAGUUCUUCAACAUCAAGUGUCGAUACUCAGGCCUGCAGCCUGAUGUGGUGCUGAUGGUGGCCACUGUCCGAGCUCUCAAGCUGCACGGGGGCGAUCAGCAGAAUAUCAACCUCCUGGAGUUCGGCUGUGGCCAUUUAAGAGGGCAAAUAGAACAUGCCAGAGCGUAUGGAUUACCGGUGGUGGUAGCCAUCAAUACCUUUAGCUCUGACUCCGAGGCCGAUCUGAAGAUGGUCUGUGCCCAGGCAACGCUAGCCGGGGCUUUUGAUGUUGUGCGCUGCACUCCUUGGACUGAGGGGGGCGCUGGUGCUGUGGCUCUGGGAAAGGCUGUGCAGAGGGCUGCAGAGAUCCCCCACCCAUUCAAGUACCUCUACCCCCUGGAGAUGCCCAUUGAAGACAAGAUUCGAACGGUGGCCCAGAGGAUGUAUGGAGCAAAAGACAUACAGCUUUCAGCACAAGCACUGGACAAGAUCACACUUUACACUAAACAAGGAUUGGCUAAUUUGCCUGUCUGUAUUGCCAAGACCCACCUGUUUCUGAGCCACGAGCUGGAGAGGGCGGGCGUGCCCAAAGACUUCACCCUACCAAUCGUGGACAUCCAGGCUAACGUGGGAGCUGGUUUCCUUUGCCCUGUGGUCGACACCACAAUGGCACCAUCGCACAGACCAGUAUGGCCCUGUUACCAUGACAAUGACCUCUAUUCUGUCAUGCAAUAGGUUCACAUCCCAAGGUGUGGUCAGCCAGUGAGGUACAAUUUUCCCACAGACACACCAGGCACUUAAAGAGAAUGGAUGGAUCAGCACUUUCAUCUGUACCUUGAUUGAUUCACAAUGAGAUCAGACCUUAGCAAGCAAGCAUGGCUCACAAACACAUCCGGUGUGCUUUUGUGAGGUCACCAUCCCCUACCGACACAUUUUAUAAGUUCAAAGUUCAAAGUACUUUAUUGUCAUUGUCACUAUAAGCCCCAAAUGUGAAAGUAGUUUAGAAAGAAAACCUAUUUUGCUGCAUGUUUUCUGAAAAUGGAGAAAGGUUCUGCUAUUCCAUUUAGUCUCCUCCUCGGUGAGCGUGUUUGUUUCAGCGGUACGUCUUCCUCCAGACUACUCCAGAUAGCCUGUUGUCAUCACAUGUUGUCAUCACAUGUUGUCAUCACAUGUUGGAAUCGACUGACUAGCCCUCAGAGCUUCCCAGUCCCAGAAUAGCAGCAACACUUCUCCGGAAUCAGGAUCCUCCACCAUGGAUCUAGCUGCCUCGAUUAAAUACCCUGCUUGUCUGUUGCUGUUUCAAGUGGAACUGAAAACUGUGAAGGUCAUAAUACUAUGUUACCCUGUGUUAAGAGGAAACUGAUUGCUGUGAAGGAAUCCGUUUUGGAUCAUGCUGUGUUCCUGUCAUCAGUGGAAAGCAACAAAAACAAGUUUCAGUUAACUCCAGUCUGCUUGUUUUCCAUUUGAUGGAUCACAAAAAACACUAGUUCAAGGAAGAUGUAUCCAAGUCCCUGCUGUGAUGAAGCCCUGCUUACGUCAUAUAGGCAAAGGUGAACAUAGCAAAGUCACAAAUUGUGGUCUAAUACUUGAUGACUAUUUGUAAGGUCCCUCUAGCAGCCUGGGGUGAUAUGAUUUUCAGCAUCUGAAUCGAACAAGGUUUCUGAGUGAUGAGUUGAAAUAGAUGGAAUCAUCAGUUCAACACAUUCAUUAGUGUUGACUUUUCAAGAAGACAAUAUUGCAACUCUGUGAACAAAAUGAAGGUACUGUUCACAAAGCAGAAAGAAAUGUCUAAUUGGUCUUCAGCUUAGGUCACAUGACACACUUUGGACUGUCAUCUUCUAUCUCUAGUGUCAUUUUUCCUCCAAAUAAUUCUGUUGGUGACCUUUGAUAAAAAAUGAUUGCUGUUGCUAUGACUACAAAGCAAAUGGUGUGAUUGUAUUAUUAGACCCAGUUCAUUAGUGUCAGUGUUUAUUUAAAGAGUGCUUACAAGAACAUACUGAGAGCAAAUGCACAGCAGAUGGUGAGUUCUAAAGACCCUGGGGCCACACACACGUGACAUGACAUGGCAUGAUUAUAAGUUCAAUUAUGUGACGACCCUGAAUAUUGAGAGGGAUAAUCACAGAUUCUUUGUCUAGUCAAAAACUGCUCUUGCAAUAAUUAUCAGACCGCAUGAAGUGGUCUUUCUUGUGCCUUGUUACAGCUGAUGCAUGACAAGCAGCUUUUAUAGUUUUGCUUUCAUCAAAUCUAAGCACACUUGCCAUAACUUUGUCUUGUAGAGUAUUUUUGACUUGACUAAAAAAAAAUUAGAGUUACUUGUGGGGUGCCUUUUGUAAUGAGAGAUUUUCUUAAAGAACAUGUCUUAAUGCAUUUGUUUACAAAUAGCUUUUGUGAAAAUGGUUCUGGGGAAUUGCCCAAAGACUAGCUUUUCCAUAUAAAAAUAUGUGAAGAUAUCAUAACUAAGUUUUGUCUCCAUUGCCACUCUCGCUAGAUUACUGUAAAAUGCUCCAUUUUAAUAAUAAAGACAUCUUCCAAAUGAAA